CGCUUCCGGUGGUCCAGGGCUCGUGGUUUCCUCCGGGAUGUCUUGGGUUCGAGCCGUUCCCGAGAUCCCGAGCCCUGGGGAUCAGGACGUGUUUGACGAGGAAGCAGACGAGUCUCUGUUAGUGCAGCGGGAAUGGCAGCGUCACAUGCGGAGACGAGUCCAAGAAGGUUACAGAGAUGGAGUCGAUGCUGGCAAGGCGGUCACUCUUCAGCAGGGCUUCAAUCAAGGUUAUAAACAGGGUGCAGAAGUCAUUAUAAACUACGGACUACUCAGGGGAACACUGAGUGCUUUGCUUUCCUGGUGUCAUCUUCAUGGUAAUAGUUCGACUUUGAUCAGUAAGAUAAACAAUCUUUUGGAUGCGGUUGGCCAGUGUGAAGAGUGUGUGCUCAGGCGUCUGAAAUCAGUCACUUGCCAGCCACACAUUACAGAUGUAUUGGACUCCAUUGAUGAUAUGGACCUUUGCCAGGUAGUUCCAGCUGAGAAAAAGACUGAUGAUGCAAAAGAUGAAAGACUCUGUGAAAAUAAUGCCGAGUUUAACACAAAUUCUGACAGGAGUCCUAGCGGGAUGGAUUGCUCACAUCCGGAAUGUUGCAGAACACAUGAGCACGCACAUCUGGAGAAACCAAGCCUCACUUGGAUUCUGGAACAGACCUCUAAUCUAGUGAAACAGCUGGGAGUAUCAGUAGAUGUAUUACAGCACCUGAGACAACUAUAAAGCAUCUGCCCUUUUGGGGUGGAAGUAACACUCAAGAAUAUUCCUUAGAGCACUGUGUAUCUAGAUGAGGUAACCACUGACUGAGCACUUCGCCUGUAGCUACCCUUCGUGGGAAUAUGAAGGGUCUUCAGCAUUAACACUAGUAAAUGGAAUGUAAGCCUUUGUCUUUGUCGAGGUUUUUUAAGUUUUAGAUCUUCUCAGAAAUCUCAUGGUCAUUUUCAGAUCUCUAAUCAAAAAUCAGUCAUUGUUAGACUAGCAAAGCCCAAACAUUUUAGAACAAGAAAAAAAAGGUAAUGCUGCUUUCUGCUCCUGUCAGUAUGAGGUUUAGGACCUCUUCACCAGCAAGCAAACCAAAGUCGCCAGAAAUAACCUACAGGCUAGCAUAAAUAGGUAGAAGUAGAUGUAUAGAUAGUUAUACAUUAAAUCAAGACACUGUAGAAACUGACAAAAUAUCAUUGAAAGACUAAUAAAGAACAAGGUACUGAAACUCACCUUGUUUAUGUAUCGGUAAAGAUGUUCAAUUCCAUGAAAAAUAGGGGAAAAAGACAUUUUGUGUUAUAAACUAUAAAGAAAAGGAACUACUUAGUUUUUUAGGUAGUGAGGAGUUGGCCACAUUUUCUCAAAAUGUAACAAACUAUUUUGGAACUGCAGCUUUGUUAUUUACAUUGGAAUUUUUAAAAACCCACUAAAGCUAUUAUUGCUUUGACAUGAAAUAUAUAAUCUAGCAUAGACAGAAUGAUGUUCAGAUUUUUGUUCCAUGACCUAGGAUCAAAAAAAGGAUUUUGUUGUUGUUGCUUUUCCUCACGUGAAGUUAAUAUGAAAUACCUGACUUGAGAGGCACCAAAUAAUUUUUCCUUACUGGCAGCUUUACUUGCUAUCUGAUCAGUACUUAGCUGUGCUGAAAGAUGAUGCAUUCCUGCAAGACUGGCAGGAGGGCCUUGUAAAGGACUGUAAAAAUGCUUUGCUGGUUUCUUAAAUUCCUUCUUAAAAUGCACAGAACAUUAAGAAAUUGGGGCAGCAAAAUCUGAAAUAGUGUUGUAGAGUUUCCAGUGUAUUAAACAUGCUUAAAGUAUCAAAGUGGCACUUGAUGGCAGGGUUUUUAUUUUGAAGCCUUGUUUUGUGGUACUGGGGAUUGAAUCUAGGACCUCAUGAAUGAUUUUUAUAUUGAAACCUCAUAUCCACAAAAUAUUAAAGUCUUUAAAGUGUUAAUGUUGCUCUCCGCUGUGUUUUACAUAGAAAUAACCAUCUCCAACAGUGGUGGCCACUCUAAGUAAAGAUUUGAGUGUAGUAAAUCUUGAGAUUUUAUCUGGACAUAGCCUUAUAGGAGUUCCUAAAUAUAAGAUCCCUUGCCAUCAUUAAUUAGAUAGCAACUGUAUACUAAAGGUAACAGAAAAUGAAGUCAGCUGUUAGCUGGGGAAGCUGGAGAGGUGGUUCAGUGGUUAAAAGCAUUUGCUGCACCCCCAUAAGUACAGGACCUAGUAUCUACUUGAAAGUUAGAUAUGGUGUUGGGGUUGAUCUGGAGUUGCUAUUGUUAAUUGCUUGUCCCCAAGACCAUUACUGUUCUACGAGCAAAUUCUCAUGUGUCCAAAAUAACUUUGUGUGGAUCCUCGCCCCCCCCCUCCCCCAUUAUCCCUGAUUAGCUAAUGAAGUUGCUGACAGCCUGACUGGGCAGAGGAGAAGUAGGCAAUUUAGGUUCCAGUGCUUGGGGUCACAGAAGGGCCAAGAGGAGAGAAAAGGAAGAAAGGAGCAGGUUGCUCUAAGUUAGCCUAACCAGGAGCAUAUGCCCAAGAGCAGCGAGCUCUGAGGACUGGCCUGAUGGAACAGAAGCAGCCCAAGUGGAACAUGUGUAAGUAUUCCUGGGAAUUUUGGAUGGAAAGCAAACGAGAGCUUAGAGGGUUGAUGUCUGUCCAGUUUGCGAGUCUUAAGGCUUAUGAUAAAUAACAAGUUUCUGUGUCUUUUAUUUAUAAAAUAACAGGUUAAGGAAUGACUGCUACCUUAUUAAUAUUAAUAGAAUAAUUUCUUUUGCAUAUGCCUUAAUUAUAUGAAUAAAUAUUAAUAAUUCCACGACAGUAUGGUCCCAAGCAUACAUUAACCCCAGGAUGGGGUCAGAGACUGGAGGAUUAUAGGUACUUGCUGGCUUUCUGGGAGACAUCCUGUGUCAAAGGAGUAAAACAGAAAUUGCUAGAACAUCUGAUGCCCUCUGACCUCUGUGUGUGCGCAUGAAGAUGUGUACUCUCAUACCACAUGUGCACAUAUAUACCACACACAAGAGGCUGUUGGGUUAGGGGGGAAACAUCUUACAUUUUAUAAAAGUUCUAGAGAAGUUCCUGGACUGCAAUGGUAUGACCAACGGAAAACAGCAAAGGAAAAUCUGCUUGGCUUGUGCCUUUUACCUUGCUUUCUGUGCUUGGAGCCAGCCAGCUCUCAGGAGGCCCCAGGUGAACAUGAAUGAAAAGGCAAGAGUACCCUGCAGCUCUGACAGUUUCAUAGCCAAGAGAUUGCAUCUGAAAUAAGGUACUGGUGCUGAUACAUCUAGAUCUUUUUAAGUAAAUGGGUGAGGAGGUACAAUACUAUGCUUGCCUGUCACUAACGUCACUGAACUACUAAGGCCACUGAAUCGUGAUUUGCAGAGGAAGUAGGCAGCUGAAUUAAUCUACAGGCAUAUUUAUUUACAGUCAUGUCAUUUGUUGGGGAUGGAUCCUGAGAAAUGUGACUUUGAGUGGUUCUGUUGUGCAAAUAUUAACAUGUAUAAGCUGCUUAUGAUGUCACUAUGAGAUAAGACCUUAUGGGAGCAUAUCAGAUCUGAACCCAGUUUUUGGCCAAAAUAGAACUAUGUGGCACAUGAGUAUUUGCGGCACUGCUUGCUAACUGUUGUCAUGGUAAACCCAGAUAAAGGCCAAGUUGUGAUUCUCACUCUCGUCAAAGCUUUGUGUUCUAGUCUUAAGAUCUGGGCAGAAAUAGUUACAUAUGUGUAUAUGUAGGUUGGAUGGAUGGAAUCUUUAGCUUACUUUUUUAGAUUAUUCCCAAGUUUUGACCAGUAGAUGAAAUAAACAUGCUGCUCAUAAACUA